CGCCGAUUUUACCCUGAACAACCACAAGUUGACCCCCUCUUUGUUGGCAGCGCGAUGAAGUCGACGCCGCCUCCUGUCCUUCCCAUCGAUGCGGGCUCUCCGCACGGGGACCGCGCGUCCUCGCGGAGUCGACGCUGCGUCCUUGUUUUCAUCGCACUGGUCCUCCUCCUGCUUGUCCGCUUCCCAGAUAUCGCGUCCUUCAAGCGGUUCAUCCCCUCGGCCGAGAGCGAACAUGACUUCGGCUCCGGAUGCGCUCAACCUGACCCCUUGUUCCCCAGCAACCACCCGGAGCUCGACAAGGCGUUCGAGCACAUUUCCAGCGAGUCAUUCAGGAACGCCACCAUCCGCCGCCUCUCGGGCGCGGUUCAGGUCAGGACCGAGUCCUUCGACGACCUCGGAGCUAUCGGAGAAGACCCGCGGUGGGAUGUCUUCUACGACUUCCAUCAGUAUCUGGAGAAAACAUUCCCGCUGAUCCACGAGAAGCUGCUAGUGGAGAAGGUGAACACUCACGGCCUGCUGUACACGUGGAAAGGCAGCGAUGAGUCGCUGAAGCCGACUCUCCUCAUGGCCCACCAGGACACCGUGCCUGUCCCGCCCGAGACCGUGCCCGAUUGGACGUAUCCUCCGUGGAGUGGCGCCUAUGACGGAAAGAAUAUCUGGGGCCGCGGCGCCAGCGACUGCAAGAACCAGCUGAUUGCAGCCAUGGAGACGCUCGAGCUGCUGCUUGAGGCCGGCUUCCAGCCGAAGCGGACGAUCCUCCUCUCUUUCGGCUUCGAUGAAGAGUGCUCCGGCACCCGUGGGGCGUCGCACCUCGCCGCAUUCAUCCAGGAGCGAUAUGGAAAGGACGGCAUCGCUGUGAUUGUUGACGAAGGCAGCAGUUUCGAGUACGCGUGGGGGACUCUCUUUGCGAAGCCCGGCACGGCGGAGAAGGGAUACACGGACGUGCACAUCACCGUUCGGGCGCCAGGCGGCCACUCCUCCGUUCCAACAGACCACACCAGCAUCGGGAUCCUCAGCGAGUUGAUUACUCGCAUCGAAUCCGAGCAGUACCGAACCCGCCUUGUGGACUCGAACCCCUACUACACCCAGCUCCAGUGCGGCGCGGCAUACUCGCCCGAAUUCCCCAGCAAGCUCAAGAAGCUGCUGCGCCGCCGUCUCUCUUCAGCUUCCUCCCCCCACGGCACCUGCAAGGCCAAACCGGACCAUCUCGCCCUCGAGGCGGCCAAGCAGGGCCCGGCCAUCAAGUAUCUGAUGCAGACCUCGCAGGCCGUCGACGUCAUCUCAGGCGGCAUCAAAGUCAACGCGCUGCCGGAGCGGGCCACGGCGGUGGUCAACCACCGCAUCAACAUCGGCGAGACCACGCAGGUGGUCAAGGACCGGCUGGCGGUGCUGGCGGGCGCCGUCGCGCGGAAGCACAACCUGACGCUGCACGCGUUCGACGGCAAGGAGGAGCCGUCCUCCAUCAUCCUCUCGCCGUCGGCCCACGAGCUGGAAGCCGCGCCGGUCACGCCCGCCGACGGCUCCAUCAGGGGCCCCUUCUCGGUCCUGGCCGGCACGACGCGCGCCCUCUACGGCGAGGAGGUGGUCGUCACGCCGGGCAUCAUGACGGGCAAUACGGACACGAGGUACUACUGGGACCUGACGAGACACAUCUUCCGGUUUGCGCCGGGGCUGGACCCGGAGGAUGGGCCCGGCCUGGGGGCCAUCCAUACGGUGGACGAGCGAGUGAGCGUGCUGAAUCAUGUCAACUCGGUGAAGUGGUUCACGUUGUUUGUGAGGAAUAUGGAUGAGGCCGAGUUGUAGAGCGUUAUCACGGCUUGGGACUGAACUAGCACGGCAACUGGGUGGCUGAGGAUUAGAAGCGUAAUAUGUGCGGGGUAGCUGGCGCUUGACCGCUGAUUGAGUCGUAGUAAAUGUUAGAAAGAAGUGACCCCUGAAAAGUAUUCCCUCGCGUGGUGGACGUGCUUCGAUCCCGGAUUUUGGGGUCACGGGCUGCUGAUAAACAAGACGGUAUCCUAGGUGCUAUACGCCCGUUCCUCACGACUUAGCAGUGUGGCGUUCCUG